CCCAAAUAAGCUUCUUUACAUCACACUGAGCCUCGUUUAUCGCAUUCGUCAUGGAGGACAGCCAAACCGUCGACAAGGAGGUUUGGUGGGUCAGCGAUAAUGGGCAGAUACCUGCGGCUACUCGCUCGACCAUCAUCUAUGGUGACAAUACCAUAGCUAUCAAGAAUCGAUCAGACUGUAGCUGCACCAUGGAGUACAACGUCUACAGCUCGGAGACCCGCCCCAGCUCGGCAACCAAAGCAUCCGAGCCCGAAAUCACUCUGGCGUGGAUUGGGUCCAAUAGCGGCCAACGCGAUUCAGUACUGCGAGUUCUGAAAACUGUCUUCAAAGAGUGUGGCGACAACGUCAGCUGGAUAUCUGACAAUGAAUCUCCUAUUGUGCGACACCUCACACUCCAAGUUAACACGGUAGACGCCGGCACCGGGACUGAUAGUUCUCCAGAGGCCAGAGCCUUCAUCUUUGGCCAAAGAGAGUGUGUGGAGAGGCUUUUCCAAGCGGUAGAGAGCAUGAAAUGUCUGAUGGAGCGAUUUCCCAACAUUGAGGCACUCAGAGACACGGAAAAGCGAGUCGUCAUGUCACCCGAGGACCUCAAACAGCUCCACUCGGUCAUCCCGAAUAUGUCCAACCACACCACAGAGCUUGCUAUAAAAAGCACCACCCGGCCAUUCAUUAGGGUUAUCAUCCCGACCGAAAACGAGCACAAGAUCACCAUCAUCAAGGAAUACUUCGCCAAGCUUGUCGCUGAAAAGACUGAGGUCACCUACGAGAGGAUCCCUGUGCGGUCCGGCGUCGGCGAGCAGCCGUACAACGCGGCAGGCGCCCUGGGCGCAUUGAACCGGAUCCGGAACGCUGUGGCCAGCAUCAAGGCCUCCGGAGAGACGAUGAACACCUUUGUAGUGGCCAUCGAGAACUACAUUCAGGUGAAGGGCAUUGAUCGACCCACCGACUUCGGCAUCAUCGUAGCAUACAGCGUGACUGACGAUACUUAUGCCGUUAAAGUCUCCGACGGGGUCACGAUCGACAAAGACUUUGUGGAGGCGGCCCAAAUGUACGGGCAUGAGUCGAACAAUGAGGAUUUUGGCAGUGUAACGGUAGGCGGUGUUCUUGCUUCGAGAUUCCCGCCUAUUGACAAGGCCAAUUGGCAUGAAGUUGUCGCAGGAGUGCCACGAUACCGUCUGCUGACGGAAGCAAUUGAAUCUCUUUCAUUGCCUUAG